AUGGAGGCGAACUCUAAAAAGCAUCGCUUCCGAAAGGGUCGCAGCGCCACUUUCAGCAUCGACGGUUUCAACAUCACCAUAGUGGCAAAUGAAGACGGUGAAAGCUCAAGUCGACCACAGGCCAGUUUUGCACGUUCCAAGUCUCAGAGUGCUUUAUGGAAUGCUAUCACAGCAGGGAUUGGUAUCAAAGGCAAAGAGCAGAGACCCCCUCAGAAUGACCCCCGGAGUCCUGCGGAGAUUCUUGCAGAUGAGCUCCCCCUGACAGACGAGGCAGAUGCCACAGAGAAGACAGCCAUCAGAUUAAGAUGUCUGGUGAAACAGCUGGAGAGAGGCGAAGCUUCCCUUGCCGAUCUGAAGAAGAACCUCGAGUAUGCGGCAUCUGUGCUGGAGUCGGUCUACAUUGAGGAGACGAGAUGGCGUUUGGUGGACACAGAAGAUGAGCUUAGCGACAUCCAAUCCGAGUCGGUACCGUCGGAGGUGCGGGACUGGCUGGCGUCCACCUUUACCCGCCAGAUGGGUCUGAUGCUGCGACGCAACGAGGAGAAACCUCGCUUCAGAAGCAUCGUCCAUGCCGUCCAGGCGGGAAUAUUUGUUGAAAGGAUGUACCGACGCACCUCCAAUUUGGUGGGACUCAGCUACCCCCCUUCUGUAAUAUCUGUGCUUAAGAAUGUUGACAAGUGGUCAUUUGAUGUGUUCGCUUUGAACGAGGCCAGCGGAGACCACGCGCUAAAAUUCAUUUUUUACGAAUUGCUCACCAGAUAUGACCUCAUUAGCCGUUUCAAGAUCCCAAUUUCCGCAGUGGUGUCAUUUGUCGAAGCCUUGGAAGUGGGAUACAGCAAGCAUAAAAACCCCUACCACAACCUGAUGCAUGCUGCUGAUGUCACACAGACUGUUCAUUACCUGCUACUUAAAACUGGCAUGGUGCACUGGUUAACUGAGCUGGAGAUCUUUGCCAUGAUCUUUGCCGCGGCAGUGCACGACUAUGAGCACACGGGGACCACAAACAACUUCCACAUUCAGACAAGGUCUGACACGGCUAUCCUUUACAACGACCGCUCAGUGUUGGAGAGCCACCACGUGAGCGCGGCCUACCGCCUUCUGCAGGACGACGACGAGAUGAACAUCCUGUACAACCUCUCCAAGGAUGACUGGAGAGAACUGCGUGCUCUGGUGGUGGAGAUGGUGCUGGCCACCGACAUGUCCUGCCACUUCCAGCAGGUGAAGGCUAUGAAGAACUUUCUGCAACAGCCUGAGGGCAUUGAUAAGCCCAAAGCCCUCUCUUUACUGCUGCACACUGCUGACAUCAGUCACCCAGCCAAAAGUUGGGACCUCCACCACCGUUGGACCACCUCUCUGCUGGAGGAGUUCUUUAGACAGGGGGACAAAGAGGCCGAGCUCGGCCUUUCAUUUUCGCCACUCUGCGACCGAAAGUCAACACUGGUGGCGCAGUCCCAGAUCGGCUUCAUCGACUUCAUCGUUGUGCCCACCUUUACCGUACUGACUGACAUGAUGGAGCGUAUCGUCACACCGCUCAUCGAUGAAGCAUCGCACUCGGGUCUGGCAGGCUUCCGGCGCUCCAGUCUGAACAGUAUUAGCUCAGAGGAGGCCAAGAGGCACAGCGUGAAGAGCAUAGCCUCCGACAGCUGCUCGUCGGGCCAGAAUUCACUGCUGGCUGUGGACAUCAAGAACUUCAAGGCGCUGUGGAAUGAGGAAGUCUACCAAAACAGGGAGCGCUGGAAAGCUCAAGCCACCAAAGAAGCAGAGGAGCGAGCCAAAAAGGACGCAGAGGAGCGAGCCCAACAGGGAGACGCCAUGGAGCCUCAGGAAGUCCCAGACGACUCCACCGAGCCCAAAGACGGAGAACGGGAGGCGGCUGACCAGGAGGCAGAAACCAAGUCCGAUACCGAUGAAUCGCCGUUGCCAUCAGGGGACGCCGCACAUAAAAGUCCCUCACUGCAGAACGGGGAGUUGUCUGAAGGCCCAGAAUCUCCAGAAAGUGAAGAGACGAAACACACAGUGAUUGAUGUAUACUGGAUGGCUUAA